UACUGGGAUUUUUCUGUGUGUGUGUGUGAGUGUGUGUCUCUCUCUCUCCUCUGUGUUACACACACAGAGUCUUACUGGGAUUUCUCUCUCUCUCUCUGUGUGUGUGUUAGUGUUUUGUUAUCCCCCCCUCUUCCCCUUCCCCUUCCCCUUCCUCCUCCUCCUCAUUUUCACGCCGCUGGUCUUGCUGAAGGGAAAGCAGAGGCGCUGGAUCUGUCCGUGCCCGUGUUCCCGGUGUUAGGAAGGAGGAUGGAUGAGGAAACGCGGCUGCUGCAGCCGCGGGGAGCCGGAGCCGGGACCGGGGCUGGAGCUGGGACCGGGACCGGGACCGGGACCGGGACCGGGACUGGGACUGGGGCUGGCUCCGGGGCUCCCGGCCCCGGGCACCCCAUCCAGAGCGGCUUGGCCCCUCUCCUCGGAGCCGGGCACCUUCACGAAAACCCCACGGACAACGGGGAGAGCAGGAAACAAGACAUCGGGGACAUCCUCCACCAGAUCAUGACCAUCACCGACCAGAGCCUGGACGAGGCUCAAGCCAAGAAACAUGCUCUGAACUGUCACAGAAUGAAACCGGCUCUCUUCAGUGUUUUGUGUGAGAUUAAAGAAAAGACGGGUAAGAGACCCCCGGUGGGGGGGGAACACACACACACACACAAACACAACUCCUGGUCGUGUUAAGGUUGGAACGAACAACAGAAAUAAGU